AUGAUACGUUGAAGAAUUGUAAAGGCAAAAUAGAUACUGGUGCAAUUCGUUCUGAAGAAACGACGUUUGAAAGUCUAUAGAUCUGUAGUGCCUGGGAAAGCACAACAAUCAUGGACACUCAACCAGUUGUUUACAACACGGAGCGAUGGAUCGAGGAAAACAAACAGUUUUUUCUCCCUCCAGUCUGCAACAAGAUGAUGCACAAGGAAGGUCAGCUGAAGGUGUUUUAUGUGGGCGGCCCCAACCAGCGGAAGGACUACCACAUUGAAGAAGGAGAGGAGCUGUUCUACAUGCUCAAAGGAGACAUGUGUCUGAAGGUCGUUGAAAAAGGCAUUCAUCGAGAUGUUCACAUCAAACAAGGGGAGAUAUUCCUCCUCCCCGGCAGAAUCGCUCACUCCCCCCAGCGCCAGGAGAACACGGUCGGUCUGGUGAUAGAGAGGGAGAGGUUUCAGGAUGAGAAGGAUGGCCUCAGGUACUAUGUGGAAGACGAGGACAAGCCAACCCUCCAGUCCCUGUAUGAAGAGUGGUUCUACUGUGAAGAUCUCGGCACACAACUUGGCCCAGUAAUAAAGGCGUACUUUGCCUCAGAACAGCAUAAGACAGGGAAACCUCUUCCAGGGACAAUACCAGAGAAUCCCCCAAUAGUCCUUGACUCCACUAUUUCCCUGCAAGCACCCUUCAACCUCUGGGACUGGUUGUACGCCCAUAGAGAAGAACUGCACAGCAAGGGACAAGUGCAGCUGUUUGGGGACCAGUACCAGUUUGAUGUACGUAUUUUGGGCAAGGGAGAGCACUCUGGUAAAGUCAACAAUGCUGAGGUGUUUAUCUGGCAGCUUGAGGGAGGCUGCAGUGUGCAGGUAGGGGGCAAGGACUACACUCUGGAGGAGAAUGACACCAUGUUGAUCAGGACAGGACAAGCAUAUACAGCUGUCCUGUCCGACAACGCUGUUGCCCUGAUCUCCUUCCAGGACAGAGACCGCAAGACAUCAGCCAAUUAGACCCAUUCCAGCUCUGUGGCGGAUCAAAGAGUCAUGGUCGUUUCAGUAUUUGGACCCUAAUGACAUGCACACCAAAAAAAACAUGAAAUAAAGAAAAUGUUGACAUACAAUGUACAGAUGUAUGUGUGAGUACGAUUUCUACACAAAUAUGGGGCCCCUAUAACACUCCCACAAACAAAUCCAUUAUCCGUCUCUGUAUAUGAGUCACUUAAGGUUCAAUUACAUCGUGAAAUGCAUCUUACCGAGGCAAGAGCGUCCACUAGCCUUUUUAUCAAAGUCUUGUUUCCACCCUUGCUACAUCAAGCUUUCUUUCCUGUGAUAAAUAUGAUUGGACUAUGGCACAUAUAGAUAGUCCAAUCGGAGAACGUUUCACAAAAUCAACAUCCACGACUGGUACACCCUCGUAUGAAAGUGAUAUACUGCUGCCUGUCUUUGUUGACACGAAUAUGUUUUUUCAUGUUUUAAACCCCUAACGAUUGCCUGUGUUUUUGUAUCAGGGAUGAAAUCAAGAUUGUUUUCAUUAUCUGAUUGACUAGGUCGUCGCCUAUGGUAGUCGCCAUCUUUGUGAAGCUAUACAAGAUGAGAACAGCAGCGAUCUGACUGGAUAUUAUGUUUACAUGACAAGGGGCACAACUCAUGAUCUAUGUGAGGUGGCGCCAGGGUCGAGCCAAGAAAAGUGGCUUCGCUGUGGCAAGGGUAGAAACUAGACAUUGAUAUAGGCUAGCGGACACACCUCGAGAAGAUGUGUGAAAUGUAACAUGAUUCACAAAUUGUAUCUCCAGAUCAUGUAUCCAUAAUUAUAUUACUUAUAUUUCAUGUACAUGUAUGUUAAUUCUAUAUUUUCUGACAGUAUGUACAUCGUUUUUCAAGCUAUGUCACUCUAAGUCAUUCUAGUAGGGGGCGGUCGGGUAGCCCAGUGGUUAAAGUGUUCGCUCGUCACGCCAAAGACCCGGGUUCCAUUCCCGACAUGGGUACAAUGUGUGAAGCCCAUUUCUGGUGUCCCCCGCCGUGAUAUUGCUGGAAUAUUGCUAAAAGCGGGGUAAAACCAUACUCACUCACUCACUCAUUCUAGUCGUAAACAAUCAAAUCCUGUUGUCUCAAAUUCAGAUGUAUCGAAUCAGCAGUUAUGUCAAAUUAAAAAUAUGUCCCGUUGAA